CUCACUCUGACUCUUUUAUUGCAGUCAGCAGUUUCCAUUUCAUUUCCAUUGCAAAUUAGUUAUUUCUGUUUCAUAAAUGACUUAUUUGCAGAGUUUCUAUCAGAUUUUAUUAUCUAUAUUUUACACUGUAUUCUCUUUAGUUAUCUAUGCCGACAUUUUGAGCUUUUUUCUUCUUUUAACACAGUGACACAUCUCGAUGCAUAAACGAUCUUCGGUCACACGCCCAGCCUCAGCACCAGCGCAUCCUUUCUCCACGGGGCUUCUCCCCCCUCUAUGCGCACCAAGACCAGGAGAAACAGAGAGGCGCGAGGCCUUCGUGAUCAGGACCAACACCUCGUUCUUCUCCUCCCGAGCUCGUUUCUCUCGGUCCGUUAUGUCUUUGAGCCUGCUCCCCCUCUCGCCAUGCCCGCUGCUCAACGCUACCCGCCGCCGCUGCUCCUCUUUCUGUCCUCGUCGCUGUUGAUUUCCUGCCUGGAUGGGGCGGCGGAGGGCGGCGGCCUGCUCUCCUCCUCCUCCUCCUAUUCCUAUUCCUCCUCCUCCUCCUCCUUCUCCUCCUCGCCCGGGGACAAUGGCCUCACAGCCGCGGUCGGAGAGCCGUCUGGUACCGAUACGACCGGGUCUCCGGGGCAGUCUCUGAGCCCCUCGGCUCUGGUAGCAGAGCCCCAGUUUGCCCUGAAGGUCCUGGUGAGGGACAUGGUGACCCGGCAGCCUCUGUCGGGGGCCUCGGUGGACAUUUACGUGAACCACACGGUGAGGAGUUCUGCCCAAACAGGACAGAGAGGGGAGGUUCUGUUGUGGGUGGCGUACAGUCCAGGCCUCAGUCUGACCCUGCUGGGAAGCAUGGAGGGCUACGUCCCCAGCCCACUACCCUGGAGCACCACCAAGAGACCAAUUUUCUCUGCUGUGACGUUGCUGCUGCUCCCUCACAGUCAGGGGAACAUCUGGCUCUUUGAUGACUCUGUACUCAUCACCGGGAAGUUACCUGACAGCUUGUCCCAACCCAAGGUGAAGUUCCCCAAGAACCUCCUCACGAUCUCCGAUAAAAGCAACAUCUCCUCAGUGACGGCGUACCUGACCGUACUGCACCGCCACCUAGGAAAGAACUGUGCCAACUGCACCCCAGGCAUCAUCAGCAACAAAUCAGUGCUCAGAAGCAUCGAGCUGAAGGCGGUGGCGGGCGUCAGUGUCCUGUUAUACUCCGAUGGUGAGCAGCUCCAGGUUCGUGGGCCCAUCCAAAUCAGCCUGCCGCUGGGAGACACCACACACCUGAGGGCCUCUGACACCGUACCAGCCUGGGCCUUCAACACGAGAACAGGUGCCUGGGAGAACCAGGGUCUGGGAAUAGUUAAAACCGUCGGCCGUGAGCUGGUUUGGACGUACACUGCUUCACAUCUGGGCUACUGGAUAGCUGCCCCCCUGCCCUCAUCCACAGAUUAUUUAGGACAUGGCAGCUCUUUGGAUUUCCUAUCUUACCAUACCUACCUGUUGAUGGGAAUCCUGGGAGUGACUCUGGCUACAGUGGUUGGACUUCUUUCCUUGCUCCUUUGCCACUGCAGAGGUUCCUAUCGCGAGCCCAGGAGGAGGAGGGCACGCUUUUCCAAACUCACAGUGGUGAAGAAGGACCAAACCACCUCAACCCACUUGGAAGAGGGCUUGUUGUUCCGAUCCGGUGACAACAGCCUGGCCUCCUGCAGCGUCCAGUGCGAGCCGUCAUCCACGCCGAGGCACAAGGCCAACUACAACAUCUACGUGGAGGAUCCGGGGGGUCGACCGGGAGCUCCUCUUUACGAGAACCUCGCUCCAGAUCGGAAGAAGGGUCCCCAGCCGUCGUCUCACUACAUCAACAGUGAAGAAGUGGCUCGGCUGAGGGAGAAGUCGGAGCAGAAUCGGGUCAACAUCAACUCUGACAGCUUCUUCCAAGAUAAGCUGGUUCAUAUCUACAACCAGCCGGUGGCUAUUAUUCAGGCUCCAGAGCUCUUCGGUGCUCAGGAGCUUCCAGGCUGCAAGUCUGCCACUUUCCCUCGCAAUGGAGUGGAGUAUGAUGCUCACUCCGAGCCUGCAAGUAAAGACAGCUAUACACAGACGCUACCUAAAGCCCAAGGAGGAAGCAGCCCGCAGCAGAGCAGCCACGAUGAUCCCCAGCCUCUGGAGACCCCUCCUCCAGGACAAGGCCCUAAUGCCGGUGUGUGGGGACGCUACAGCAAUCUGCUUGAAUCCUCCGUCUCCGUGCCUGGGACUCUGAAUGAGGCGGCUGGUAUGGAGGCCUUCAGGAGUGGGCAUGGUGUGCCCAGCGAGUUGCAGGGGAUUUCAGAGCGCACCCUGCUAGAGCUGACCCGCGGGAAGUCCUCGUCAUCUCAUCCCAGGGCCUGGUUUGUGUCCCUGGACGGGAAGCCGGCCGCCCAGGUUCGACACUCCAUCAUUGAGCUGCAGAGCCGCCACCGCCCGCCGAGCAGCAACGACACCAGCCUGGACUCGGGGGUAGACAUGAACGAACCUCUGCAGAACAUCCGCGAGACAGAGCGCGACAGACCUUCGAUCAGGGCCUCUUCCCUGCCCCACCACAGCCGAGGCGGGCGCUAUGGCGAAGAGCAGGACCUGAGCAGUAGUGAGAGCGGCACCACCGCUACCUGCACGCCGGAGGACCCUUCGCUGAGGAACAUUUUAGACGGGAGCAGUGGGGCUAUUCCCAAUAUUCCCGAAGAGCGGGAUGGCAUGGAUACAUCCAGCGCUCAGGAGGACAGCGAGUCGAGAGGUACGCCUCCCCCACGGCGCCUGAGAAAAGUGCGAGAGAAGGGGAAGACGGAAAAGAGGAGUGCCAAGCAUGUCCGGGAAGGCAGACCUCUCACCAAGAGAAGUUAGAGCGUGGCUCACAUCACCACAAACGUCUUUUCAUCAGUUAAAUGUCCCACGAUGAUCCAUUUAACCGAGUGAUUCCAGUCACGUUUUACCACUUGUGUUCACACAGGCAUCGUUGUUGUUAUGUGAUUGUACAACUUUGCCAAAGAAUGCAUAAGCCAGCUCAAGAAGUAAAGCAGAAUCCAUGCCAUUUGGAAGCGGUUAUGUAGCUGCCGUUAGACAAGUACGUGCACCAUUGUUCUCCCCAUUCUCCAGAAUCUGAAGAUCACCAGCAAGAUUCUUCACAGCAAAUGUCCGUGUGAACACGAUGCCCCAUAUUCCCCAGCGCUGGCAUUAUAGAGGGUGCCUUCUUACUGCCUGUAAUCAUGAAAUAUGAUCCUAUAAAGUCACAGUAUUUGUCUACUAAAUUUGAUGAGUUUGCAGGACAGACACAGGUCUAUUUGUAGUGCACUUAUCCUCACCAUAAAUGCCUGCUGUAAAUUAAAUAACACAGAGAAGCUUUGGCUAUUUGCGAUGCUCACAUCUACUUUAGGCCACAUUGCCUCAUGUCACUCAAAAUGAGCCUCUGGGAUUAGUCGAGAACCCAUCUGCUUCAACUUUCCACCCAACCUCGGACUCUGAUGGACUUUAGAGAAAACCUUUGGUGUGUAUUGUAAAGCUAAGCUGCCAUUUUCAAGGUUUAAAGCCUUCAAUUGUUUUUUUAAUGCAUGAAAUUAAAUGUUUCCUCGUGUCUAUGAACAUAUUUUGCAAUUUAACGUAGAGUUAACAUUAAUCAUCAUAGCUGGUAGAUUACUUUGGGAACUGAAUUCUCACAUUUUAUGGUCUAGUCUUGAGGAGACUCGAUAUUGUGCUGCCAACCACUUCAUGCUUUAUUGUUAUUAUUUUAAAAA